AUGGCAGAAUUCGUGAAUUUACGUGCACAGAAGCAAUACAAAGUGCAAAGGGAAGUUAAUUGGCGAGAUUUUAAAUCUCUUUACAAAUUUCAAGAAGAAAAUGUAAAUUGGAUGGCAACGUACUUUUUGGGAGAAAAUCUUGAAAGAAGAGGAGGCGCUCUUUCUUCAAAUCAUAAAAUGAAGGUUUUCUUGAUUGAAUUGGGAAUCACUCAGUCGACUGUUUCAAAAAUAAUUUUAUUUGUAAUGAACAAAAUAGUUGAAAAGUCCCAUUUAUGGAUCAAAUUUCGGUCAACCCAACCCAAUAUAAACGAAGCACAGCAAGCGUGGCAAGAAAAAUUGCAGUUUCCAAGUGCUAUUGGAGUGAUUGAUUGCACGCACUUUCAAAUUUUGAAACCGAAUCAACACGGUGAUGAAUACAUUAACAGAAAGAGAUUGGCGACUUUAAAUGUGCAGGCAACAUGUAAAUCAGUGGAGAUGUUUACUAGUACUGAUGUUAGUUGGCCGGGUUCUGUACACGACGCAAGAAUUUGGAGGAACUGCGAUAUACGUCUAACUAUGCAACAUAUUCCUGGUGCAGUACUACUGGGUGAUGAUGGUUAUGGCUUAGAACGGUGGCUAAUAACUCCGUUUAGAAACCCUAAUAACGCAUUGGAAAGAGCUUACAACAGACUGCUUAAGAAAGAAAGGGUUAUAAUUGAAAGGUGUCUUGGCCAACUUAAGCGCAGGUUUAAGUUUUGA